AUGGCUGGCGCGGUUCGUGCGACGGUGGUGGAGCUCGCGCAUCGUGGAUCGGCUUUUGUGCGUCUUGACGGCCGAGGCCGUGAGGUUGCUGCGGUUGUUGUGGGUGCAGUGGUUGUCGAGGUUGCUGUUGUUGUUGUUGGGGCUGCUGUCGUUGUUGAGGAUUUUGCGCGUGCUGUGCAGCCGGUUGAUGCUGUUGCUGAUGAGGCUGUGGUAGCCGGUGCUGUUGCUGCUGUUGGGGCUGUUGAUGUUGUUGGGUUUUUGGCUGUUCUUGAUGCUGUUGGGGCGGUUGAUGCUGCGAUUGCUGGUGCUGUUGGUGCUGUUGAUGCUGCUGGGGUUGCCGCUGCUGCUGAUGUUGCGGUGGCUGGUGCUGUUGAUGCUGCUGGGGUUGUCGCUGCUGUUGAUGGUGCGGUGGCUGGUGCUGUUGAUUCUGCUGGGGUUGGUGGCGCUGUGAUUGCUGUUGAUGUUGAGGAGGCUGAUGAUGCUGUUGCUGCUGUUGCUGCUGAGGAUCCUGUGACUGCUGGUGUUGCUGAUGUUGUUGGGGCUGUUGAUGCUGUACUUGCUGGUGCUGUUGAUGUUGGUAUUGCUGAGGUUGGUGGUGUUGUGGUUGCGGUGGAUGCUGAAAUUGUCUUGGAGGUUGUUGGUGCUGUGGUGUCUGAUGCUGCAGGCUUUGAUGUUGCGGGCUCGGAUGUUGUGACAUCUGGUGCUGUGGGUGCUGGCGUUGCUGCCCGCUCUGAUUCAGCUGCGGGUGCUGCGGAUGCUGUAGCUGCUGUGAUUGUUGUGGAGAGAGCCCUGGACCUCGCCUUAGAGCUGAUCCUGGCUGUAAUAUGUUGGGGAUGGCUUGAUGUUGCCCAUUGCCACCAAAACCAUCUUGCCCAAGAGGAGGAGGCUCCCGGAGUCGAUCUUCCCCAUGGUCAGCCAUAUUUUGUGCCUCCUCAUCUCCGCGAGCGUGGCGUCCGAGAUAUGAUUCUGGAUGAUUGUCUCCCUGCAACAACGGUCUCCCGGUUUCGCUUGGAUUUCGGCGGACAGCACCGCUUCGUUGGGGUGAUCGUCCCUGGCUCAGGCUCCUGGAAGCUGCUCGAUAGUAAACACUGCCAUGUCUACCGACUCCUGCAAGCUCAAGUGUCGUUGGAAGCUGGAGACUGUCUGAUUGCCGGCCUUGGCCAAGACUCCCUUGAUCCGUAG